CGGCCACAGUUUUAGCCGGUGCAUGGACGGUGAAAGUGAUUGCUAGUAUUGCUAGUGGUGUUCGAUCGCAGGAUCUAGUUCUCGCAAGUCUUAUUCGCACCCUAAUAAAGUCCGCAAAGUUUAGUGUCAGAAUGAACUUCGAGUACAAUCCGCUCGGCGAUGAGUUUAGAGAACGGUUGGAAGCGUUCUUUGGUCGUCAGGAUCACUUCAUCGAGGUUAAUCCGGGUCGAGUGGUUAUGCCGAAAGCAUUCGCCGAUAUAGGCGAUUCGAUCCGUGAUUUACCGAUCCGUUCAAACGAUGUGUGGCUAAUGUCUUUCCCAAGGGCUGGAUCGACCUGGGCUCAAGAGAUGGUUUGGCUGCUGGGUAACAAUCUCGACUAUGAGGCAGCCCGCAAUCAAUUACAGCAAGUCCGCACACCCUUGCUCGAGCUUUCGGCCAUCUUUUCCGACGAUCGCAGUGUGGAAGACACCGUGACCCGUCAUGAAAAAAUUGAUUCAGUGCAGUGUGUUCAGCAGAUGGCCGGACGGCGGUUCAUCAAAUCGCAUCUACCCUGGCAGCUUCAUCCACGCGAGAUGGACAACGUGCGCCCAAAGAUCAUCUAUGUGGUUCGAAAUCCCAAAGAUCUUUGCGUGUCGUAUUACUAUUACUGCCAGCUAAUCCAUCGGUCCGAAGGUACGUUCGAAGAGUGCUGCGACAUCUUUCUGGCGGACCAAGCCCCAAUCGGGCCAAUGUGGGCCCAUGCACUGGCUUUCUGGAAGCGACGCAACCAGGGCAAUAUUCUUUUCUUGAAGUACGAGGACAUGAAGCGCAACUUGCCGACCGUGAUAAGACAGUGUGCUGAAUUUCUGGAAUUUGGCCGUGCCUUGACCGACGAGGAGGUGCAAACAAUGUGUGAUCACCUGCAGUUUGAACGGAUGCAGCGCAACCCCGCCGUUAAUCUGGAGCCACUGAUGAAAGAUUCACCGAUCAUCCAGAAUGAUGCAGGAGUGAAGUUCAUUCGCAAAGGCGAGAUUGGCGAUUGGAAAAAUCACAUGGACUCGGCAUUGUCUGCACGAUUCGACAGCUGGAUAAGAGACCAUUUUGAAGGCAGUGGAUUGGAGUUUGACUAUGAAUGACGUAUGGAAUAAAAUAUCGGUAUAAACGAGUUAUAAUUGGGAGACUAUUCCCCUUAUCAAAUGGUGA